AUGUGGCCUGCUGCGACGCGGCCGCGGGAACAAAAUUUGCUGCCUUGGUGUGCUUUAGUGUACUUCUCCUUCCACUCUUUAUUGAUUGCCAAUAUCGAUCGGUUGACGCAUUCCAACCACCAGCCUGGAACUGUGAUGGACUUGGGUGACACCGGUACAUUGUUCGCGAACCCUAAACUGAUAAACAUCUCAGAAUCCAUAAGAAACUAA